AUGAGCUCCGAUCGCUCUGACGCCGAUGACGAGGAGCCCCCAGCUCUAGUUUCCACUGAGAUUUCCCUCAACCUAGAAGGCCUUCAGCUGUCAAAAGCACCGAUUACGAUCGUCACGGGAUACUUGGGAGCUGGGAGUGCGUGUGAAACCUCUUCCCCGUGUUCCGAGACUCUGUUGUUCAUGCUAAUUGCGACAGAAACCACCCUCUUAAACUAUAUCCUUACCGAGCAGCAUUCAAAGAAGAUCGCAGUCAUUUUAAAUGGUGGGUAGUCUCCUGCUUACGUGGUUAUUUGUUCCACUCCGUUGGUCUAUCGUAUCCGAGGUGUUGCUAAUAUUGCUCGUUUAGAAUUUGGAAACUGUGAGCCCAUUCCCUACUGCCCCACUAGGGACAUACCGUUGCGAGUCAAGCUUGGGGCAUUUCGUUAAUGACGAAGACAAUUCGAUCGGGUGGUUUUUGAGUAGCAAGUGAUAUCGAAAAAUCUCUAACCGUUCAGAGGGAUGGUCAGCAAGUUGAAGAAUGGCUGGAGCUCGCAAAUGGCUGUAAGCACACCCAAAACCUCAUCCUACUCCCUGAGCAUGGCAUCUGAGGCAUCACACAGGUAUUUGCUGCUCAGUAAAGUAGGCCUUACCCCUGCCCCCUUAAUGGUAUCUACGGUGUUCAUCAACUUGGGUUGUAGGGACAUGGGAGUAGCGGCUAUUGAAAAACUCAUGGAGCGCCGAGGCAAGUUUGAUUACAUACUUCUAGAAACAACCGGGCUCGCAGACCCUGGGAAUAUAGCACCUAUGUUUUGGCUAGACGAAGGCCUUCAAUCAACGAUAUUUCUGGAUGGAAUUGUUACCCUUGUCGAUGCAGCAAAUAUUGUUCGUACCCUCGAGGACCAGGAGGCAUCCUCGAAGGACGACGAAACCGGGGCUGUGGUGACUACCGCACACCUACAGAUCUCCCAUGCGGACGUGGUGGUGAUAAACAAGGCAGACCUAGUUACUCAGGAAGAGAUCGAAGUUAUUAAGCAGAGGAUAGCGGGAAUGAACGGAUUAGCAAGAAUCAUCGUCACGGAGAGAGGGAAAGUGGAUAAUCUUGGAGAAUGGCUUUUGGAUUUGAGGGCCUAUGAAAACGUCGGGGAGUUGAAAACACCAGUUAGAACUCGGUUAGAUGAGGUAUGCCGACCAUUACCUGCUAUCAACCUCAUUUAACGCCCUGCUGACUUCUAUUAAAAAAAUUCGAGACCAUUUCUACUGUUUCUCUUGAGCUCCCCGAACUGGAGGAAGGGAUGCUGGAUUCAUUAGACGCUUGGAUCAGGUCUCUGUUAUGGGAAGCGGAAGUGCCGGGUUCGUCGAAAAAACCGGGCGAUCGAGACUCGAGAAAACAACCGAUUCUCGAUAUCCACAGAUUGAAAGGGAGGGUUAUCACGAAAACGGGAAAGGUCCUGCUGAUACAGGGCGUAAGGGAAACCUUUGAGAUAUUUGACGCACCGGAUCAGAACUCAGCAAUGAAAGCCGAAGGAAAGUUGGUUCUGAUUGGGAGGGGAUUAAGAGAUGUGGAUGUGAAGGAGAGUCUGGAGUGGUUCUUGUCUCGCGGAAGAGAGAGCUGAAAUGAACGAAGCAAAGUGUUUGCUGUUGUCCCAUCGUGAUUCAGGCACCACAAGUGAACUACCGUAAGUCAAGUGGUGUUGUGCAACAUCCAUCUGAACAAUUAAAAAUUAGGCUCAUACUCGGGGCAACAUGUCAAAUGUGUGGUUGACCCACCUCAACUUUUUAUGAACCUUUAAAUACGGGUCCGGUGCAUGAUAUGAUGUACUAGUACAGUGCGCUUAAAGUUGUUCGAGCAGCUACCGUACACUUAUACCGGUAUUACUUUUCCUUCUUUUUUUUUUUUUUUUUCGGUUUACGAGGGUCUCGGGCAGUGUGACACUCAGGGUGAUGUGUAUGGCCAUCGAGCAGCGGAUCUUGCAGGGGCAUGGUUGCGGGUGCGGGGCUCGUCGCCCAACGAGUCUGGUGAAAGUAAUGGAGAGAGUAUGAUACAGUGCGGCACUUUAUCGUGCAAAUACCAUGCGCGAUGCCCUACGAGUACAGGCUACGGCUAUUCGUACAGGUGCCUUAUCAUAUCAUACUAAACCCCCAAGAGGCAGGAAGGGAUAUAAGGGCAAGGUGAUUGAAGGAGAGUGAGGUUGAGCAAAAUCAUGUUUCAAUACCGGUAUUGACCAAUUUAUUGAACGAAUCUCAUGUCCCAGUAAUUGAUUGGGUUGCCACGAACUGAGCCCUCCGGGGACUGAGUUUUUAUCGAUUCUCACAGCACCACCACCACCUCCUGCACAUUUCGUGCAUGCCCCUCAUGACACUUAUUGUAACUUUCGCUGUUUCCUUUUGCCUCUGCAGUCCCGCACUGCCCAUCGAAUCCGGCUGUUUGUGUGUUCCUGUACUCGAGUAGGCUCUAUGGUAGUGCAACGGUAAUAACUGGAAUAGUGAGAAGUUAAAUAUCAUAUGUACAAUUUUAAUUUUUUCCCCCCAAACAAUUGC